CAAACAUUGGAUUGUGCUCAAAUGCAAUCUUUGGCCGAUUCCACCUUUGGUGGAGGUCAGACCUCGACCAACUUUAUCUGUAUUGCCUUCUACGAGUCAUCAUGGAACCCCAACGCUGAGAACUCUGGAUCUUCCGCCUCUGGCCUGUGGCAGAUUCUUCCAGAGCACUGUGGUGAGCUUUGCCCAGCAUGCACCACCCCAUCCGACCUCUUUGACCCAUCGAUCAACGCUCAAUGUGCCCUCGCCGUCUACAACGCACAAGGUUAUGAUGCCUGGACCACCUGGUCUAGCGGAGACUGCACAAGCUGGACUCAAUGCUCUGCUUCUGGAUCAUCAUCUGGUGGCUCAGCUGCUGCAUCCUCAUCUGGCACCACCACCAGUGGCACUGGAUCCUCUGGUCAGACCUCCUCCACUGGAACUUCUUCCUCGGGCAGCUCUGGAUCAUCUGGUUCAACCGGCUCCUCCUCCUCUGGAAGUGGUACCGCUGCAAGCAAC